AUGGACCCAGAGAUCUGUGACGAGCUUUCACUUUUACAAGACCACCUCGAUCCCUUUCCAAUGGAUGAAAAUCUCAUUGAGCGCUUCGAUCUCAGCAGCCCGAUCGCUUGUGCCUCCGUCGCGCAAGUGGCAAUAGGCCGGCUGCGCCGGAGGAAGGUUGCCGUCAAGAUCCAGAGGCCGGACGUCAAGGCGCUCUUUGCGGCUGACCUAUCCAACAUCCACACAAUUGCCUCGAUUGCCUGCGCUCUGAAUCUGCCGGGAAGCAGCAACAUGCUCGAGGUAAUCAACGAAACAACCCCGAUCGUCCUGGGUGAGGUCGACUUUGUUGGCGAGGCCAGGCGCACGACCGCCUUCCGGCGCUCACUCAGCGAUGUUCCUGGAGUUGUCGUGCCUCGCAUCCACAUCGCCAGCCGCAGGUUUAUUGUCAUGGACUAUUUGCCAGGGACAAAGAUCACCGAUGUUGCACGCCUCCGCGCACAGGGCAUUGAUCUACAGGAGCUCUCUUACCGUCUCAUGUCCUGCUUUCUCAUUCAAGUCUUACGCAAUGGCCACUUCCACGCCGACCCUCACGCUGGCAACGUUGCAGUUGACAGGCGGGGCAAUCUCAUAUUUUACGACCUGGGGGCUUCGAUUGAUCUUGACGGCGCUCAGGACCAUCUGACGGACGCGAUGAGUGCUGUGGUUGCCAAGGAUUCCAACGCUCUCGUUCGUGCUCUGAACGACUUGCAGGUGCUAAAGUCGGUCGGAAGCAAGACUCUCGUGCGCAAGGCCCUAGAGCGCUUCUUUGUAUAUGUCGAGAAGGAGGACCUGUCUACCUUUCAUGCUUCGAUGGCGAAUGAGCAGCUCUUCUCGCGCAACAAUGACCGUGUCUUUCGCUUUACGGCGAGCUUUGUGUACCUGGUGCGCUCGCUCACGAUGUUAGAGGGCAUUUGCAAGCUUCUGGACCCCGAAUUUGAUUUCGAAACGGCCUUUAACCGCGUGAGGCCGCUCCUGCAGCUGGCACCUUUCAUGCAACCAAUGGAGAUGGUGAGAUCAGCCAUAUCCAUGCCUCAGACAGUGAAGAGCCUCUCCAACAAUCUGAAUGAGCAGGAAGAGAUCCUGGAUGUCGCUCUUUUCAGGCUUCGGGAGGUGGACGAUGCGAGGGGCCUGCCAUGGCUCGUCCAGACAAGUUUGGAAAAUGCCGAGUAG